UUCCUCCCAUAGUGUCAUGGUAGUCGCUUCUCUUCCAUUUCCUUCAGAGUCAAAUCUAAACAUAUAAACCAUAAAACUACUACUCACGCUCACGCAAACACUCACGGACAAGGUUAUGCCCAUUAAAACUUGCCCCUUCAUUUCUUCCUCUUAAAACCCCAAUAAAACCCUCCAAAUACCACUUUAAUAAUGUCUAACGCUAUGACUCGGACUCGCUCUGGGGAACGAUUCUAUAACCCGCCGCCGAUGAGGCGCCACCAGCACCAGUUGCUGCUUCAGAAACAACUUCAGAGGCCUUUCAUCAGCGACAACAGAAUCGAUUCAGCUGAGGUAGAGACCAGAGCUGACUCCACAUUGUGUAUAUCCAACUGGGUGUCGGCUUCUCCUGCUGUUAACUUUGAUUUGACCAAUUUAGAUCGGUUUAUGGAAUCUGUUACUCCUGUUGUUCCUGCUCUGUACUUGGCCGAGGCAAGGUUACGGGGUCAGAGAACUGGUGAAGCUGAUAGACAGCCAUUUUUUUGUCUUGGGGAUCUAUGGGAAUCAUUCAAAGAGUGGAGUGUGUACGGAGCAGGAGUGCCUCUCCUAUUAAAUAGGAAUGACGUUGUUAAACAGUACUAUGUCCCAUCCUUGUCAGGCAUACAAUUGUAUCAAGAUUCAAGUAGGUUAAGGAGGCAUGGUGAUGAUAGUGAUGCUGAGUCUUCAAGGGUGACGAGCAGUGCCAUUGGUAGUAAAUUUGAAGCAGAAAAGCGAGCUAAAGGUGGGGCUGAUGGAUUGUGGAGUCAGCAUAAUCUCAUGAACUUAAACUCACAGGGAGUGCAGAGGCUUACCUUGAGAGAUAAACCUCUUCAUUGUUCAUCCAACAAUGUAACUGAGAUUUCCAACUCAACUGGGCUGCUUGUUUAUGAGUAUUUGGAACAGGAGCAACCACAUCAUCGGAAGCCUUUAUAUGAUAAGGUUUCAUCUCUUGCAUCUCAAUUUCCUGAUAUCAAAAUCUGCAGAAGCUGUGAUUUAUUGCCUGGGAGUUGGGUCGCUGUGGCUUGGUACCCAAUAUAUAGAAUACCAACGGGUCCAACACUACAAAAUCUGGAUGCAUCUUUUUUGACCUUCCAUUCCUUGUCCACAAAAGCUACUAGCAAAAAUCAGGUAGACAGGAAGGCGUAUAGCAUGAUUGCUUCUUCCAAGAUUGCUUUACCUGUUUUUGGGCUUGCUUCCUAUAAGUUGAGAGGGUCAAUUUUAACUCCAAGUGGAGCCCAUGAAUGUGAGCAAGUAAACUCUUUAUUGCACGCUGCUGAUACUUGGCUCCGAAGUUUGGAGGUUAAUCUACCUGAUUUCCAAUUUUUUGUUUCACAUAAUUCAUAGUGCUGAUGAUAAAGGUGGGGCUGUAGCCCAUGCAUAAAAAUACUCCACAUGUGCCAAACAGCUUAUUCUGCUGUUUUCAAGUUCUUUCCUCUCCUGCACAGCAUCCAUUAGAGAUGUUAAAAGGGGGAAUGUAGCUGGAGUUUUGGCUAUUUGCGGUGAAUGGGGAACUUCAUGAAUUUAUAAUCUGGGCAUUUUCUUAAAUCACUCACCACGUCUUCUAGUUUGAUCUGUGAUUUCCUCCUCGAACUUUUGCCAUUGCUUCAGGAAAUUGUACGCUCUGUUUGCCCAUCUACACCAACCAGUAGUUCUGAGGAAGGGUUAUCUUCUAAUUUAUGAGGUUUAUUUUAAAUGUUGCAUCAAUUGUCUUGUAGUUGGUGUCUUGAGUUUACAAAAGUUGUAUAGUUAUUGAGGGAUUAAUUCUUCCCUAGAUUGUUGCAACUUAGAAAUCCCCAAGAUUACAUAUAUUAAGAAGGGGAUUUAUAGCGUUAUAUAGAAAAAAAGGAAGGGGAUUGAUAGCCGCUGAAAACUACUAGUAUUUUUCUACUCGUAGCAAUUGUGUAUGGGGUAUUCACUUGUGAUCAAGGACUUACCACGUUUGUUUGAGCAAUGAGAUUUCACCUGUGAUCAGGGACCAUUACCACGUUUGUUUGAAUAACAGUGCGUGGACCCCAAUUCAUUCAUUC